GUCUAUCUGCCCAUGACAAAACCCUGUCUCUACAGAGUGUAACCUGAGCAGUGACCGAGGCGUUGGCCAUACAGUGGCACUAAAGGGGGUUGAUACCACUUGGCAUGAUGCUGGACGACAGCCCUUAUUCAUUGUCGGAGGGGCUGCUAUUCACAAUGGAGAAAACGAUGAAAUGCUGCCAUUAUAACAGGGACCAAAGGGCCCAUGGCAGCCUGACACCCGAUCUCCUUGUUGGCUCUGGCUUCCUUUUGUCCCAGCAUUUCAUAUCUGGCAUAUCCACACACCAUAAAAAAACACUUGAUGUUGGAGCAGCGAUGGACGUGAGGCUUGGUGCCUGUGCGCUCAGACAUGGGGAAUAAACAGACCAUAUUCACGGCACAGCAGCUAGAUGCCUAUCAGGACUGCACAUAUUUCACAAGAAAAGAAAUCCUCAGACUGUUCGACCGCUAUCGGGAUUUGGCACCGCAGCUCGUUCCUCUUGACUACACCAACCACCCAGAUGUGAAGUUACCGUAUGAGCUGAUUGGCAGCAUGCCUGAGCUGAAGGACAACCCAUUUCGUCAGAGGAUUGCUGAGGUUUUCUCAGAGGACGGAGAGGGAAACAUGACACUGGACGACUUCUUGGACAUGUUCUCAGUCCUGAGUGAGAUGGCACCGCGUGACCUCAAGGCCUACUAUGCUUUCAAAAUUUAUGAUUUCAACAACGACGACUUCAUCUGUAAGGCUGACCUGGAGAAAACGCUGAACAAACUGACCCGCAACGAGCUGACGGAGGACGAGGUGAGGAUGGUGUGUGAAAAAGUGAUCGACGAGGCCGACCUGGACAACGACGGGCGUCUGUCACUUGAGGACUUCCAGCACAUGAUUGUUCGAGCGCCAGACUUCCUCAGCACCUUCCACAUAAGGAUAUGAAGAAAAGAAGUCAUCACGUUGAUUUAUUUAUUUGAACAGAACUUAUACUACCGCAAAGUGUAAGCAAAGUAUAGGAAUCCUUACAUCUCAUC